CGCCGCCGCGUCUCCAGGGCUCCCGGCAACUAGCUUGGAAAGGGCUUCCCUCGCGCUGAGGAGCGGCCGGCCGGCGCGGAGCAGGCGCGGCGCGUGUGGAGAAAGCCGCGGAGCGGAGAGCGGGCCCGGGCGGCGCCGGAGUGGACUCUGGUCCCGGGAGCGCGGUCGGCGCCGGAACGCGGACCCGGAGGCACCGGAAUGCAAACAAAGCUCGCGGGCGCCCGUGCUGGGCUCUCAACGGAGCCCGGAAAGUUUGUUUUAUGAUGGCUUGAGAGCGCGAGAGAGUCGGGCGAGGAGGCUCGAGUAGCUCGCUCCCGCGCUCCGAGAGAUGCUUCUCCCGUGAGCCCGCCGCUCCGGGGGCUCGUGCUGUGGGGGCACCUGUCUCUCGUUUUAGCAGUUUUCUUUUCUUUUCUUUUUUUUUAAUUUUAAUUUUUCUUUUGAGGAGAGGCUGUAACUCAUCAUGUCGAAAGUGAUCCAGAAGAAGAACCACUGGACUGGCCGCGUUCACGAGUGCACCGUGAAGCGGGGACCCCAGGGCGAGCUGGGGGUGACGGUGCUGGGGGGCGCUGAGCAUGGGGAGUUUCCGUACGUGGGAGCGGUGGCGGCGGCCGAGGCGGCGGGGCUUCCCGGCGGUGGCGAGGGGCCGAAGCUGGCCGAAGGUGAGCUGCUGCUGGAGGUGCAAGGGGUCCGGGUGUCCGGCUUGCCCCGCUAUGACGUGCUGGGAGUCAUCGACAGCUGCAAGGAGGCCGUCACCUUCAAAGCCGUCAGACAAGGAGGAAGGCUCAAUAAGGACCUGCGACAUUUCCUCAACCAACGGUUCCAGAAAGGGUCUCCGGAUCAUGAGCUCCAGCAGACCAUAAGGGACAACCUCUACCGCCAUGCUGUGCCUUGCACAACCCGGUCUCCCAGAGAAGGAGAAGUGCCUGGCGUGGAUUACAGCUUUCUGAGUGUGAAGGAGUUCUUGGACCUCGAGCAGAGUGGGACCCUGUUGGAAGUCGGCACCUAUGAAGGAAACUAUUAUGGGACACCCAAACCUCCCAGCCAGCCAGUCAGUGGGAAAGUGAUCACGACGGAUGCCUUGCACAGCCUUCAGUCUGGCUCCAAGCAGUCGACCCCUAAGCGAACAAAGUCCUACAAUGAUAUGCAAAAUGCUGGCAUAGUCCACACGGAGAAUGAGGAGGAGGAGGAUGUUCCUGAAAUGAACAGUAGCUUUACAGCCGACUCUGGAGACCAGGACGAGCACACUCUCCAAGAAGCAACGCUCCCGCCUGUGAAUAGUAGCGUCCUUGCUGCUCCCAUCACGGACCCUUCUCAGAAGUUCCCUCAGUACCUACCUCUUUCUGCAGAGGAUAAUUUAGGUCCUCUACCUGAAAACUGGGAGAUGGCCUAUACUGAAAAUGGAGAAGUCUAUUUUAUAGACCACAACACGAAAACAACAUCAUGGUUAGACCCUCGGUGCCUGAACAAACAGCAGAAGCCUCUGGAAGAAUGUGAAGAUGAUGAAGGGGUACACACCGAGGAGCUGGACAGUGAACUAGAGCUGCCUGCUGGCUGGGAGAAGAUUGAAGACCCUGUCUACGGUGUCUACUAUGUAGACCACAUCAACAGGAAGACGCAAUAUGAAAACCCAGUCCUAGAAGCCAAAAGGAAGAAACAGCUUGAACAGCAGCAGCAACAGCAGCAGCAGCCUCAGCCACCGCAGCCAGAAGAGUGGACAGAAGAUCAUGUGUCUGGUGUGCCUCCUGUUGCUCCUUCCCAUCCCCCGAGCAAUCCAGAGCCAGCCAGGGAAGCUCCACUUCAGGGCAAACCUUUUUUUACAAGAAACCCCUCCGAGUUGAAAGGCAAGUUCAUUCACACGAAACUACGGAAAAGCAGUCGAGGCUUUGGCUUCACGGUGGUUGGAGGGGACGAACCUGAUGAGUUCCUGCAGAUCAAGAGCCUCGUCCUGGAUGGUCCUGCCGCACUGGACGGCAAGAUGGAGACAGGGGAUGUAAUUGUCAGUGUGAAUGACACUUGUGUUUUGGGACACACACAUGCUCAAGUUGUGAAAAUCUUCCAGUCCAUUCCCAUUGGUGCCAGUGUGGACCUUGAACUCUGCAGAGGUUACCCAUUGCCUUUUGACCCGGAUGACCCUAAUACAAGUUUAGUGACCUCGGUGGCCAUUUUGGACAAAGAACCAAUAAUAGUAAAUGGACAAGAGACCUAUGAUUCACCAGCGAGCCACAGUAGUAAAACAGGCAAAGUCAGCAGCAUGAAGGAUGCCAGGCCAAGCAGCCCUGCAGACGUGGCUUCCAACAGUUCUCAUGGUUAUCCCAACGACACAGUCUCCUUGGCCUCCUCCAUAGCUACCCAGCCAGAGCUAAUAACUGUUCACAUAGUCAAAGGGCCAAUGGGAUUUGGCUUUACGAUCGCAGAUAGUCCUGGUGGGGGUGGCCAAAGAGUAAAACAGAUUGUUGACAGUCCACGCUGCAGAGGCCUCAAAGAAGGGGAUCUUAUUGUGGAGGUGAAUAAGAAGAAUGUGCAGGCCCUGACGCACAAUCAAGUCGUGGAUAUGCUGAUUGAGUGUCCAAAGGGAAGUGAGGUGACACUGUUGGUGCAGCGAGGAGGGCUACCAGUUCCCAAGAAGAGUCCAAAGUCGCAGCCACUGGAGAGGAAAGACAGCCAGAACAGCUCCCAGCACAGUGUCUCCAGCCACCGGAGCCUGCACACGGCAUCCCCGAGCCACAGCACACAGGUGCUCCCUGAGUACCCACCUGCAGACGCCCCUGCUCCAGAUCAGACCGACAGCUCUGGGCAGAAAAAGCCAGAUCCUUUUAAAAUCUGGGCCCAGUCCAGGAGCAUGUAUGAAAACCGACCUAUGUCACCUUCGCCUGCAUCAGGAUUGAGCAAGGGUGAAAGAGACAGAGAAAUCAAUUCCACGAAUUUUGGAGAAUGUCAGAUUCCAGAUUACCAGGAACAGGACAUCUUCCUCUGGAGAAAAGAGACUGGAUUUGGAUUUAGGAUUCUGGGUGGAAAUGAGCCAGGGGAACCUAUUUAUAUCGGUCACAUCGUGCCACUGGGUGCUGCUGACACAGACGGCCGCCUGAGGUCUGGAGAUGAAUUAAUCUGUGUGGAUGGGACACCAGUAAUUGGGAAAUCACACCAGCUCGUGGUCCAGCUUAUGCAACAAGCUGCCAAGCAAGGCCAUGUCAAUCUCACAGUAAGGCGUAAAGUGGUGUUUGCCGUCCCCAAAGCAGAGAAUGAGGUGCCCUCACCAGCCUCAUCACACCACAGUAGCAACCAGCCCGCGUCUCUGACGGAAGAGAAGCGCACACCGCAGGGCAGCCAGAACUCGCUGAACACCGUGAGCUCUGGCAGCGGCAGCACCAGUGGCAUUGGCAGUGGUGGUGGCGGGGGCAGCGGUGUGGUGAGCACAGCCGUGCUGCAGCCCUAUGAUGUGGAGAUUCGGCGUGGGGAGAAUGAGGGCUUCGGGUUUGUCAUCGUGUCCUCCGUGAGCAGGCCCGAGGCCGGCACAACCUUCGCAGGCAAUGCAUGUGUGGCUAUGCCUCACAAAAUAGGUCGGAUUAUUGAAGGGAGUCCUGCUGACCGCUGUGGCAAGCUGAAAGUAGGAGACCGGAUCUUGGCAGUAAAUGGAUGCUCCAUCACCAACAAAUCCCAUUCUGACAUUGUCAACCUAAUCAAAGAAGCGGGCAACACAGUGACUCUCCGCAUCAUCCCCGGGGAUGAGUCCUCAAAUGCCACACUGCUGACUAAUGCAGAGAAGAUUGCCACCAUCACCACCACUCAUGCCCCCUCUCAGCAGGGGACCCAGGAAACAAGGACCACCACCAAACCAAAGCAGGAUUCUCAGUUUGAGUUCAAAGGACCGCAGGCUGCACAGGAGCAAGAUUUUUACACUGUGGAAUUGGAAAGAGGAGCCAAGGGAUUUGGCUUUAGUCUUCGAGGGGGGCGAGAGUAUAAUAUGGAUCUUUAUGUCCUGCGCUUAGCAGAGGAUGGUCCUGCAGAACGGUGUGGAAAGAUGAGGAUUGGCGAUGAAAUUCUAGAGAUCAAUGGUGAGACCACCAAAAACAUGAAACACUCUCGGGCCAUAGAACUGAUCAAGAAUGGCGGCCGCAGAGUCCGUCUGUUUCUGCGGCGGGGAGACGGCUCCGUCCCAGAAUAUGCGAUGAUACCUCCUAAUAUCGCUGCAUGUAUGAGAAAUGAAAAGCUCGGGGAGGCUUGCUUCUACCUUAUGGGCCAUAAUCAAACUACGACCCCAGCAGCGACAGGAACGGUCCCUCCGCCGCCGGUGCACAAGGUGUUCCGGAAGUGAGGCCGGGGCCGCCAGACCACAGACCAUAUCCAGCCUUGGAGUCCAGUUACCCACCCGAUCUUCACAAAUCAUCACAACAUGCCGAAAAGCGAGCACACGCGAAGGAUCCAAAAGGCAACAGAGAGCACAGUAAACAACCCAACGAACAUCACACCUGGAAUGGAACUUCUAGAAAACCCGACAGUGGGGCAUGCCGGCCCAAAGACCGGCCACCCGACGCAUGGAGAGAGGUGCAGCCAGAGCGGACAGCCACCAAUGGCCCAAAGAGGAGGUCUCCAGAGAAGCGCAGGGAAGGCACCCGCAGCGCUGACAACACUUUGGAAAGAAGGGAGAAGCAUGAGAAGAGAAGAGAGAUGUCUCCUGACAGGAAGCGAGAGCGGUCACCCACCCGAAGAAAAGACAGCUCCCCAAGCCGCCGGCGAAGGUCCCUUGAAAGACUCCUGGAUCAAAGACGGUCCCCAGAGCGCAGAAGAGGGGGCUCGCCUGAGAGGAGAGCCAAAUCCACCGACAGGAGGAGGGCCAGGUCCCCUGAGCGCAGGCGAGAGCGGUCACUGGACAAAAGGAACCGGGACGACAAGGUUGGCCACCGAGAGAGAGAGGAGGCUGGUCUGAAGCUGGAAGCAGGGAGAAGCCCCAGAAAUCCCCCAGAGCAGAGAAGGCGGCCUUACAAAGAAUGUAGCACCGACCUCAGCAUCUGAGACUCAUAGAAUUGCAACCUUUACCGUGUCAAAGGUUCUAAGAGGAAGGUCGCAAAAUGUAGUUUCUUACCUGAGGAAGCAUCUGACGCCUGAUAGUCCUAAGAAUAGUAACAGACAUUUUAUGCAUCUGAAAUCUUAUAAGGAAAAAAUAUAUAUGAAAAGUCUUGUGCCUGAUGUAUAAUAUUAAAGAAAGUAUUUUUAAAUGCAUACCUUUUUUUUUUUUUUUUUUUUUUUGAAAAUUAUUUGCCAAAAUACUGGCCCAAAGGGAUAUACAUUUUGUUUCUUCACAAGCUAUAGAGUUGUUCCUUCCUUGGGGCAAGCUCUUUCUCUCCUAGAUAAACGGGGCUGUUGGUCAUGUAAAUGCAAUUCAAUUCAACUCAAUAUAAACUGUUCCAAAGUGACGGAGUGCUGUACUGUAAACCCCCUGUUUUUCUGAAAAGCAGAACGCAAAAAAAGACAAACUCCUGCUUGUACAGACUGGGGAUCUUUUAGGAUGGAUUAGGGUGGCCAGUGAGCCUAAAAUUCAUCAAGCUAUGCGACAAGACUACUACUGCAAAUGAAGGAUAUUUAUGACCACAGUGCACAGCGCUAAGAAACCUUAUGAUCUUGAGUUAUAGUUGGUAUAGUCGAAGAACGGUUUGUGUUCUCCCUGGCCCAGGAUGGUGCAGAAACAAGAAGGUUGGCUGCCACUAACCAAACCCAGCCUUAGCUCAGAUGAUCAGGUUCAUCAGGCUCCACCACAGAGUACAUCUCACCUGCAGCAGUGCCCGUUGAAAAGUGCCAGCCUCUGGCUGAAACAGACUAGCUCCUUCUGGGCUGUCUGAUCCGGUAUGAAGCUGAGUAGAUAGAAGUAGGACCCCGUGCCUCUGGGAUGAGGGAGAUGUAAAUGUCUCCACCCUGGGAGGAAUCCCCUCCACCACUGGUUAGCAUAUGCCCCUGCUUGCCUUCUGCCCGGUGGGAGCGGAGGAGUAAACUCUGAUGGAGGAAACCUCUGUCAUGAUAUUUUACAAGUAUUGGGGCCACAUAUUUCCAGAAUAGUUGGUCAUGCACUUUGAAACCAUAAUCUAAGUCGUAAGGACUGAUCGAAACAUGAUGGCACCGGUGGGUCUUGAUCCAUCUGCUGGGAAAUGACCCUGUCCCCUGUAUUUGGGGACAGCAAAGGAAAAUGUAAUGUUUUGGGGUUUUUGUUUUUGUUUUUGUUUUUGUUUUUUUGUUAACAUAGACCCAUUUUCUGAAGCCUCAGAAGGUGUGGUUGGGUCAGCUGUAGCCCUGAGGUGUGGUUUAAAUGGAUUACUGCCUAGCUGAGCCAAAGUGUUUGCUUGUACCUGUUGGACCACUACAGCAAACCCUGCUGACAGAGCGUUUGUAUUUCUGUAGUACUGUUUUACAUUUUCCAUUCAGACACAAAACUUUGCAAGUCAAUCACUGUUGUUCCCGUGGUACUGUAAUAAGGGAGGGGGCAAAAGAGAGAGAGAGAAAAAAAAAGCAAAACAAAAAUAGAAAAGAAAACCAGCCAAUCAUUGUAUGUAGAGUUUAAAAAUUGUAAUUAAUAGAGCCUGUUUGGAAAAAAAAAUAAAACAACUGUUGCCUUUUUUGUAUAAAAGAGAAUUUAUGAUAGAAGUCUAGCUGUGAGGAAUGUGACAUGUGUCUAUAUUUCUGAGUGUGAACAGAUUGAUUCUUGGGGAUAUACUUUAUUGUAAACUAAAGCAGGUAUGUAAAGUUGUUUUACAGUGGGACAUUAUAUAAGUAAUGGCUACAGCUUUAGUCUGUUGGGGCUCUCGGUUCUCCAUGGAGAGGCUGCUCAUGAAUAAUCAAGAAUUCAUUUGCAUUCUCUGUUCUUCAUUUAUUUCUUGCUUAAUGCUCUCUCUGUGUUGAUGAAAAGCAAUGUGUGGGCCAAUCUUUUUAUAAAACACUAUGCACAUAUAAAUAUUACAUUGUUCUUAGCUUUAUUUGACUUAGGGUUUAUAUAUAACAUUACACUGAGUAGUUAUAGUUAUGUGGACAUUUAUCCAAGUUCUUUCUCUGAAUCAAACACGAUAUACAUGCUAUAGCUAAAGGGGGCAGAGAGUCUGUGAUUGCUACUUCUAUUACUGGAGUUUUCCCUACAAAUCAAACAUUAACAAUUUUAUUAAUGCUGAGGAAAAUUCCUACUGAGUGGUGAUGUUUAUUUUAUCCAGUCUCCUGAGAGCCAGCUUAGAGGUGUUGCUCUUGAGGCCCUGUGGCUAGGAUUUUGCUCACUAGUUCUAGCACAGCCCAUAAUGUUAACUGAUGGGUUCAUUCUCUUGAUCAUGGUCUAUGGGUUUUAAGCAAGUAAAAAAAUAAUAAUAAUAAUCAAGGUUGAUUUUUGGAGUGCAUCCUGAAGUUAACAUCACGAUAUCUGUCUUGGUUUAAGAAACAGUAUAGGGCAUUUAAAGUCAGUGCUACCCAACUGAGCCCGGCUUAGUGUAUGAGGACUUUUGCUGUGACAAUUUCACCUUAAAUUCCAUACAUCAGAUUGGGGUUGAAAGUAUUGCACUGUACGGGAAGCUACAUGUGCUAAGCUGAAACCUAGAAUUCUCUUUAAUCUACUGUAGCCUAUAUUGAAAACUGAUUCUUCUGAGCUACUUCCCUAGCCUUUUAUUUCCCAUAAGAGGGCUGAUGAGGGAUGAAUAUCCUGUAUGAUUAAAUCAAACAGUUAAAAUUCUCCAGCCCCCAUGGCACAACCAAUGCCUGAAAGAAUGUUCAGGGGGUAGGGGGAGUCAAUAGCGUACUUGUAUUUUUUAAGUUUCUUUUGUGAAAGAUUUUUUAAUGCAUUUUUACUGUAAAAAUACAUGGAAGUGUAUGCAUUCCAUAACCAC